ACAGCGGAACUGCUUCGGUCGGUCAUUUCGCAAACUCGAGUGCCUUAUACAAACCACGCUGCUGCUUUGAUUCAAUCGGUUAAAGCUGUUGGAGAACGAUUAAUUGCUGCAAAUCCUGUCGAUUGUGCAUGUGAUGGCAGAGCUUGUUGUGGGUAAUGUUGUGAGGCAUGUUUUGCACAUUAUCAGAGAGGAGGAUCUUUCUCUGACAACAGCUGCUAUGUCUGGAUUGAACUUGUCAGCAGAAACUGAUGAUGAAGAUGAUGCUGAUAGAGACAACCAGCCAGUACUAUCAGCUGCUGCCAUUGCUGCUGCUUCUAGAAGCACUUUGCGUCCACCUUCCCUGCAGACACUACUUGAGGAUGUGCCUGACACUGUAGCAGUUCCUCAUACUUCUUCUGGCGGAGAUUCUGAAGGAAAAAGCAAAUGUGAGCUCUCCCUCCAGACACUUGACCUAUCUACAUUGCAAUUGAUUAGAUGA